AUGGGUAUCCCGGCCGCUUUCCGAUGGCUUUCCAACAAGUAUCCAAAGAUCAUUUCGCCGGUGAUCGAGGAGCAGCCUGUGAAGAUGGAUGAUGGAUCUGAAAUCCCGGUCGACACCACCGGCCCCAAUCCUAACGGCGAGGAACUAGACAAUCUCUAUCUCGACAUGAACGGCAUCGUGCAUCCUUGUUCACACCCCGAGGAUCGCCCAGCUCCCAAGGACGAAGAGGAGAUGAUGCUCGAGGUAUUCAGGUACACAGACCGUGUUGUUAAUAUGGUUCGGCCGCGAAAGCUUCUAAUGAUUGCUGUUGACGGAGUGGCUCCUCGUGCCAAGAUGAAUCAACAGCGCUCGCGACGUUUCCGAUCCGCUCAAGACGCUCAGCAGAAGGAGGAGGACAAAGAAGAGCUCAUGAAGCUCCUAAAACAGCAAAAUGGCGGCGUUAUCCCAGAAGAUACACUUGAGAGUAUGACCAAGAAGGCAUUUGAUUCCAACUCCAUUACACCUGGGACCCCUUUCAUGGACAUACUCGCUGCGAGCCUCAGAUAUUGGUGCGCGUACAAGCUCAACACGGACCCGGCCUGGGCUAGGCUCAAAAUUAUCAUCUCAGAUGCCACAGUACCCGGUGAGGGAGAGCACAAGAUCAUGUCAUUUGUUCGGUCUCAGCGUAUCUCACCAGACUAUGACCCAAACACGCGCCAUGUCAUCUACGGUCUUGAUGCCGAUUUGAUUAUGCUAGGUCUCGCAACUCACGAGCCUCAUUUCCGAGUCUUGCGAGAGGAUGUCUUCUUUCAGGACAGCAAGCCGAGGGUGUGCAGGAUUUGCGGGCAGAAGGGUCACGAGGCUCGAAAUUGCCGCGGCGAGGCCAAGGAGAAAGUUGGCGAGUUCGAUGAACAAGAAAAGGCGCCAACACAGAAACCCUUCAUCUGGCUGCAUGUCUCAAUUUUACGCGAGUACCUGGCCGUUGAGCUCAAUGUUCCUGGGUUGCCCUUCCGUUUUGAUCUGGAGAGAGCUCUUGACGACUGGGUUUUCAUGUGUUGUUUCGUGGGCAACGAUUUCUUGCCUCACCUGCCUGCGCUGGAGAUUCGCGAGAACGGUAUCGACACUCUGACAGCAAUCUGGAAAGACAACCUCCCUCAUAUGGGUGGCUACGUCACUAAAGACGGGCACGUCGAUCUUGCUCGGGCGCAAUUGAUCCUCAACGGACUUGCAAAGCAAGAGGAUGGCAUCUUCAAAAGGAGGAAGGAACAAGAAGAUCGCAGAGAGGCCAACGCCAAACGUCGCAAGCUUCAAGAAGAACGUAACCAACCCAGGAACGCUCGGCCAAAGCAGGUUGACAACGCUACUGCAGGCUUACCCCUAUUCCCUGCUGCAGGGGGUCCUAAUGGGAUCACUCACGACAUGGUCGUUGGUCGAUCAUCGAACAUGAAUGCUAACUCCGCCAAUAAGAGUGCAGCAAGCGCCAUAAAGGAUCAGAUCAAGGGCAUGAUGUCCAAGGCCGAACCUAUAUCAGAAGGCGAUGCAAGUCAAGCUGCAAAGGUCGAUGCCCCAAGCGCUUCGACGGACGCGAAGUCGAUUCUUGGCAAGCGCAAGGCCGAUGGUGAACCUGAUCAGCUUUCGACUCCUACCCCUGCGGCGGGAACAAGCGCACCAUCUGCGGCCGAAGAGGCGGCAAUGGACCAUGUGAGGAUGUGGGAGGAGGGCUACGCGGACAGAUACUAUGAACAGAAGUUCCAUGUUGACCGCAAGGACGUUGAGUUCCGACAUCAGGUUGCCAGAGCGUAUGUUGAAGGUCUGUCUUGGGUCCUGCUCUACUACUUUCAAGGCUGCCCAUCAUGGGAGUGGUACUACCCUUACCACUACGCCCCAUUCGCGGCAGACUUUGUGGAACUGGACAAGAUGGAAAUCGCGUUCGAAAAAGGGCGAAUUUCCAGACCCUUUGAGCAGUUGAUGAGUGUGCUGCCUGCGGCAUCUCGCCACGCCUUACCCGAAGUCUUCCACGAUCUCAUGUUGAACGAGGACAGCGAGGUCAUUGACUUCUACCCUACCGACUUCGAGAUUGACCUGAAUGGCAAAAAGAUGGCUUGGCAGGGAGUGGCAUUGUUGCCAUUUAUUGAGAUGCCCAGGUUACUUGCUGCCGUAGAGAAGAAGUACCCUCUUCUCAGUGCCGCAGACCGGGCCAGAAAUGGAGUGGGCAGGGAUGUCCUGCUGCUUUCGGAUGCUCAUCACGAACUGUACGAUGAGAUCACCACCAACUUUUACUCCAAGAAGCAAGGAGAACCAACAUUGAAGCUUAACCCGCGUACGAGCGACGGGUUGUCUGGCAAGAUUGAGAAGAUUCCGGACUACCUACCCCACGGCGAACUAGUAUAUCCUCUGGAGCGCGGCGGCAUGCCCAACCUUGAUUACGACAGGUCCCUGAGCGUCUGGUACUCCUUUCCGGCGAGCUCGCACCCUCACAAAUCUAUGUUGCUGCGUGGCGUUAAGCUGCCUACAGCGGCUCUAGACCGCAAUGACAUUGAGACGCUCAAAAGCAAAUCAUCUCGGUCAGGACGGAGCUACGGUGGUGCGCCACUGGGGCAGAAUGGCUACAACCGUGGAGGGCGCAGAGAUCAGUUCAGUUACGCCCCAAGCGGCGGAAACGGACGGCAUUCGGGCAAUGGCAACUACGUGCAACACGGGUAUGGACCCCCUGGACCACCGCAGGGCCAGUCAUGGCAGCCUCCACCACCAGGCCACCCGGGCUUCGGGAUGGGACUCCCGCCCCCGCCCCCGCCAGCUUUCCACAACUCGAACGGAUCCUAUCGCGGCGGGGGAUAUGGACAGUAUCAAAGCUACGGACCUCCGCCCAUCCAAAGCCCAUAUGCGAAUCAUAAUGACGGAGGUCGUCGUGGUGGGCGCGGCGGGUAUCAGAGUGGGGGCCACAGAGGUGGUCGCGGCGGCGGCGGCUUUGAAAUGAACGGCGAUGCUGGUCUCGUCGGGUGCCUGGUUGACAGACUUGCUACCAGGCUCCCUCACAGGACAGGAACCCACGGUCAAGAACUUCAACAAGACGAUAUCGUCAUCAUCACAAGGUCCACACUGGUGAAGAUUAGCACUACCGCUGCUGCCUCCGUCCUGGACUCUCUCGUCGCCCUCCUCGAAGAUAUAAUUCGAAACUACAAAGGGCUUCCUCCACCUACUCAUCCUCCUCACGUCCUCCUCUCCGAGAUAUACAUACUAGCCUUGGCUGCCGACUGCUGUACCGCCCACUGGGAUCAUGUCAAGUCGCAGCAACGUCAGCCUGCCGUCGAUUCGGGGACGCGUCGCAACGCUCCUACACAAGCUCCUGAGCCCUUGGACGAAGCUCUCGUUACCCGCAUCUUUGAGUUGCUCAAGUGGCUUGUGGAACCUAUACCUGAAGGAUUUGCCCUUCCAUCGUCCACUAUUUUAGACGAUGAAACGAGACAAACCGCCAACCCAGUAUUCAGCCCUCCAAGCGGCAUCGCUUCGCCGCUGCUUGUUGGGACCUACAGCUCUGAAGACGAAACUCUAUCAACUUCUCAUCUUGCGAUCAUGGAGCCUUGCAUCAGAGUCAUUGUCGAAUACGUUACCGCCUCCACUUGGUCAAGCUCUUUUGACUACUUCAGAAACGUGGUGUACACGGUUCGUACUGCCGCCGUUGUGCAAGCGGCACCGGGGCAAUCUGCUACCGCCCCAGAUGACGACAAGGCGGCUCUGUCCGUUCUCAAGAUUCUGUCCUUCUUUUGGGUGGAUGCUCAGAAGCUGGGACUCAUCAUCCAGGAGAUUUGCUCCAGCUUCCUCCAUUUUCGGAAGACGUUUCAGAACACUGUCGCUGUGGUGGCACCCCUUCUCAUCACGCGCUGGUUAGAACGGUAUCCCCAUGAGUUUGUUCAGCAACAUACAUUGCACAAACGUCUUGACGGCGGCGCUGAUACACUUUUCGACAUGACACAAACUGUGGUAGAUAAUGGACGGAAAAAAGGAAUGCUUUAUCCGCUCCAGACCACCCUACUGUUUCUUCUGCCAGACGUUUUUGAAGUGGCUAGCAACCUGCGAGAUGCGAAGAGCGGGAGCAUGGCCAAGAAGGUCGGGUUUCUGGACGGCUUGCGGAAAGCAUUGAGGAACAAGAACGAACAGGCGGCAUAUUCACUCGUCUCUUUGCUCAGAGCUGCUCGACACUUCGUUGCUGAGGACGACGCUGCGCUCGUUAGCUACGCCAUGGAUGUACAAGACGAGGUCAGAGAGGCAGUAUUUCGUCGUGGUAGCAACGAUGCCUCUCUUCUUGAUCAGGACCUAAUGACAGCGGCAUUUGUUAGUUUAGCACAACUGAGUCCGGACAGUUGUGUCGACUCUCUCCAAUCAUAUCUAAGCCCUUCUUCGCCACAAGCCUUCAAGACCGCCGUGGUGCAGGGCUGCCGAUACUUUGCGCGCCAAGCCGACUCGUACAGGUACGAGCAAAUAUUCGCGGUCGCGGGGCCGUAUAUGCGAGCUCAGCUCAAGGCCGUAGCGGAUUUGCCGACAGAAACCACUGCCACUGUACUCGCCAUGCCACGGCGUGAUUCAAACCUUCACUCCUCCACGAACAUGGCGUGCGACGUGCUCAAGUUUCUUGAUGCGUCCCCCCAUUCGCUUUUCAGCGCAGAUGGACCCGGCGAGCCAGGUGCGGGUGCUGCAGAGGAAGAUGCCUUCUUGUCCUUCCUAUCCUCUCUUGUUCUUCUCAAUAUGUGUAACCAAGUCACAUCUGACGGUGAUGGGCCUGAGGUUAAGGCGAUUCACGAAUUUCUUGAAGCACGCAAAUUUCUACUGGCUUCUCUCAGUGAACUUGCGGAGCUCCCCGACGACGUGCCUGAAGUAGAAGCCGCGUCUUCUAGACUCGAGACAACCUUGCUUGUAUCUCUGUGUUCCGCAGACGUUGAUACCUGCCAAACUGUGACUUCAUGCAUUGGUAUUUUCUACGAAGAGAACAAUCUUGCUGGCGUCUCUUCGGACGCUGCGAAAACGUUUGCCACGUUACUCCGAAACGGCGAGGUGUAUGGGGAGAUCGCGUCACGAGCCUUCCGCUUCACUGGACUGGUUGCCUUUCAGAAGAGAGUUCGCGGACUGCUCCGACGACUUCAAUUCCCAACCAGCGGUAUCCUUUCAGCAUGGGAGUAUGGCUUCGAAAGGUGGCUUCUCCUCUCCAGGGAGGUGUCCAUGGCCGCGCUUGAUGCGGUUGACGAACGGACUUUGACGGAAUGGCGCAACUACUCCGGCUUCUUGGCAUCGCUCGGGGGAAUUUGUACUGCAAACCAAGCAAUCAUUAUGGAAGAGCCAGCGAUCAGUGGUCUAAGGUGGAUCGAUAGGCUGCCAUCCGAAAACCACGAGGAACCUCUGCUUGGUCGAUAUCUCAAGUUGAGCAUUCAACUCCUCGGCUGUGCGAGCGUCAGGAUCAGGGAGGCUACAAGGGAAGUCUUGUCCAGCGAAGUCUCGUCCACACUCUACCAGUCUCUGUUCAGAGCACUAGAAUCUGAACUCGAGGUCCUCUUCACCGGCGCACUGGCUCCGAGCGACAAAGCCCAAGAUGUUGAGAUCAUCUUCGCUGAGCAGGCCAUAUCGCUUUUGAAAGCUUUGGUGGAGCGUCUUGAAAGCCCUUCAGACCUUGGUGCAGCCUCCUGCAUUCACCUAGGAGCGCUCGCUCUCAACUUUGCCAAAUUCUUAGACGGCGUCAAUGACAGUACCAACACCUUGCGUGUCAAGAUCAAGGUAUGCCAGUUGUGCGAGGCUGUCACUAAGAGGAAGGAGCAUUUAAAUCUCAGAGACGACGUGCGCAUCCGGAACCAGCUUCUUGAGUACAUUUUUGGCUGGAUUGCUCGGCCCCGCUCCCCACGACUUGACUCAACAGCUAGCACAGGCGGCCGCCUAGAUGAGAUGGUGAGGGUGCAGAAAGACCUUGAUAGAGCUUCUCUCAGGUCACUAGCUGAGCUUACCUUCCGUCUUCCACUUCAACCUGGAGAGGGUCAAACCGACGCCGGCAUGAGUGAGCUCAAGUCACAAAUGUUUCACACCUACUUCAAUCGGUUCCUAUCGUUGCUCAACCACGAAUCUCCCGAAAGUGGGAGGAGCGACCAUCCGGCUGGAAUUGCAAGCCGAGACGAGGGUACCCCGACUUCAGAGCUUGCUAUCACCAUUCUCUCGAAUCUGCUGAGUGCGAAUAUCGAUGUCGGUCUGAAACACUCUCUAAACAUUGGUUAUCACGACAACGUCGAGAUCCGGACGGCUUUUGUUAAAGUCUUGUACAACAUACUCAUACAAGGGACGGAGUUCAGUAACCUGACUGACGCUGCUGUGAGCGAGAAGUACGAUGAGUUGCUAGAGUUAUUAACCAAGGACAUGACGCUUGUUGCCGCUAUGAGUGCCGUGUGUCCAAGCAGUGAAGUCGACGAAUUGACCAUAUCUUUGCUCACCAUUUUCGAGCAUCGGGGCCUUAGCUUUGAGUUACUGGAGGUUCUCAUCAAGCAGGAAAUCGAGGAAACGGAUAACGAAUCCGAGAUCCUCAGGCGAACCUGUGUCGCCACGAAGAUGCUGUCCGUCUACGCGAAGUGGAAGGGACAGCCAUACCUCAAGGCAACGCUGCAAAAGGUCGUAGAGAGAUUGAUGCUUACAUCCAAGGAUCUAGAUCUCGAGCUGGAUCCUGCCAGGGUCAGCUCCACCGAUGAGUUGCAGAAGAACGCCCUCCAGCUACGGAUUGUAGCUAAAGUAUUCAUCGAUGAUAUCUGCGCAUCCUCGACGAGCAUGCCAGCGUCGUUCCGCAAAAUUUGUAACAUUAUAUCCACUGCUGUACUGCCUAGGUUUCAAGAGGCCAAGUACACCGCCGUUGGGGCUUUUGUUUUCCUUCGCUUCUUCUGCCCAGCAAUUGUUGCCCCAGAGGUCGAGGGCCUAGUGACAACGACGCCCUCCAAGGAGAUGCGCCGAGGCCUCCUCUUGAUUGCCAAGGUCAUUCAAAAUCUGGCGAACAAUGUGCUUUUUGGGGCGAAAGAGCCUUACAUGUUUCCUCUGAAUGAUUUUCUCACGCAAAAUAUCUAUCGAGUUACUACCUUUCUUCGCGAGAUAUCUGUGGCUCCAGAGACGAUCGACAGUCCGCCAAGCAUCGAGUCGUUUGAUUUCGGUUCCUGUGUUGCCCUUCAUAGAUUCCUCUACGAUCACUGGGACCACAUGCGGCAGAGGCUCGUCACCCAGGAACGCAAAGAUUAUGUGCGAUCGCCAGCCGAGGUUUCUAGAGGAAGGUCGCCGGUUCUUGAGCCUUUGCGCCACCUCAUCACGAACCUUGGACCCCCACCACUCGCUGUCACCUGGAAUAGGCCUCAAAUUUCUACGAAUACUCCGCCGUCAUACUCCCGCUUCCAGAACUUCAUGCUUCGGAACGCAUUCCGAAGCACUGAAUCGUUUGUGACUGCUAGAGCCGUCUACGACGGAGGCGAGAGCAAGGAUUCCCUCUCCAUUAUUUGCAUCAUACUGCGACACAUUGAUGCAGAGAGCAUUGACUAUGACACGCUGUUGUACUGCUAUCUCAAGAUUGCAAGCCGCCUCUGGCACAAGCCUUUCGGUUUGCUCAUCGAUGCUACAUGCUACAACGGCCAGAACGAACCACAAGACGAGCUCUUCAAGAAGCUUGAGCUUCUCACACCUGUGGAGCUGUCGAGAAAUCUCGUUAGGAUAUAUGUUUACAACAUGAACAGCGCAUUCAGGAAAUGCUUCCGAAGGCUCCUUCGGGUGUCCGCCAAGAGCGACACCAGCGUUUUUAAUCCGAAGAAUGUCGACUACCACCUAAUCGGUAGUCUGCAGGACCUCCAGGCUCAUUUUCACUUGAGUCAACUGCACCUCCCCAAAGAAACAAUCAGCGUCGUCACCGACACACGUUAUGUGUUUCAACCAAUUACCCGACUUUCCAAGACCAAGGGUAAGAUUGAAGUUGUCAUCAAAGUUGGCAGCCAGUUCGUACAGGUGACAACCACAAAAAAACAGGAGGUCUUUCCUGGCUAUAGGUUGAGCACGACCGUCAAUGACAUAUUUCGUCUCGGUGAGGUGGAAGAGGCGCCGACUUCAAUCCAGACAGAAGAUGACUCAGCGUUUGGCCUUCGCGCUGAUAACGGAAAGAUCGUUAUGUACUUUACCAGCCCCAAGAAGGCGGACGUAUUGCAGACGAUUCGUGGUGCAAAGGCCAAGUAUGGCAAGGACACGAGAGCUCACAAGGCCUAUGAGCGGCUUAUCCGCCCGCAGGACGUUCCCGGAACUCUACUUAACCUGGCACUUACCAACCUGUCAAGUUCCGAUCACGUGCUCAGGCUCUCUUCUUACAACCUGCUUGGGGCCCUCUGCAAGGCAUUCAAGUUCAGCGCUGCAUCAAACUUGAUGUGUACAAAGGACGUUUCCGUGCCAAUGGAUCCUUCAUAUUUCAUCAUCAAAAUCAGCAAGCAACUGGCAAUGUCUGAGCCUCAGCUAACGUUCGAUUUCUUGACUGAGUUCUUCGUCGGCUGGGAGACAUUUGCUGAGGAGCAGAAGCCUCUUAGUCUUGCUUAUAUGUCACCAUGGCUUCCGGGCCUUCGCACAGCUGUGCUUGCCAAUGAAGCUGACGCGGAGAAAGGCAAGGAGAAGGUCGCGGUUCUGUUUCGAAAGCUGAUAGACGUGGCCAUGACCGAUCAUUCGUUGACCUAUACUCUAGAGCAAGUUGUAUGGCCCGCCAUUUACCAAGACGAGACGGUCUUGGAUAUUUUCCUCGAAGAACUCAUGCGGUCAGCUUUGAGUUUCAACUACUCCGAGGAGCCCAUGGAGGCUCUUUCUUCUAUAGUGUCGGGCAUGGGCAGCAUCACACUACGUGGGAAGGUCAUUUCCCGGUUGCGAAAAGCACUGAACCGAUCUUCCCUCCGACCGACUAGGUACUUGCCUGACAACGCCGUCUGGGCAGAGAUUUGUGUGCUUCUACACUUCUGUCUGUCCUUAUCGUUUGAUAAUGGUGUUCAAUCUCAGCUUUAUCUACCGGAGAUCUUUCACAUUGUCACCAUACUGGCAAACACUGGCUCUCCAGAAGUGCGUCUCUUGGUUCACAGACUUCUCGUCAACACAGUUCAUGCGGCGUGCACCUCGUUCAAUCUGGACGAUACUCGUUUCAACAAGCUCAGGGGAAGCUUGGAUUUCCUCAGCGAACCAAGAAGCGAAAUAUUCGCAGCACCGCCUCCGUUCCUACGUGAUGGUGCUUCCAUGUCGACUACUCAAGACUCGGGCCCGUCGCUGGCUGCGACUGAGAACCUGGCUGCGUUGCUCUUCGAGGUCUGCUCUGUGGCCGCCCCAUCAGUGGACAUAUCCAAUGCCUGGAGGUCGCGCUGGAUGAGCCUCGUGGCCAGCACGGCCUUUCAGAAUAACCCAGCAAUACAACCCCGAGCGUUCGCUGUCAUGGGCUGUCUGGCACGUGAGGAGGUGGACGACGACCUACUCUACCAGGUUCUCGUCGCACUGCGCAACAGCGUAGGUCGUCUAGGAGAUGACACCAACAGUGACAUGCUCAUUUCUAUCGUCACCUCUUUGUCCAAGAUGAUGGCAAAGUUGCCUUCUGCGUCGCGUUACGGAUUACAACUCUUCUGGCUUGCCAUUUCACUCUUACGGUUGGUUCCUCCAGCUCUUUUCAACUGCACGGCCCAGUUUCUUGAGGCUGUUAUGACCAACAUCAGCACAGUCGGGGACUUGCGAGGAGACAAGAUGGGGUCUCUUCUUCUCCAAGGUCGUGUGCAGUUAGAGGACGCUGCUCUGUCUCUGGACGAAGCUUACGGCAUUCACUUCACGCGCGAAAAUUUUCAUUUUGCCGUGUGCGCAUGUCUGGCACGCGGCCUGGCCGACACCACUACCAAAACCAACGCGAUGCGAGUGCUAUCCGCAUUCCUCGAUAUGGCCGGCAACUCCACAGAUGAGGCAGGAAGACCAUCGGACAUCAUUUCACGUUCGCCUUACAUGGCGCUUAUCCUAGCGCGAACUGUUGGAAGUGAAGAGCUGAAAGACAGCUUGUGGCUGGCGGGUAUCAAUCCUUCCGUGCUGGGCGAUGUAACGAACACAUGCAGAUACGACGAUUUGAGUGGCAUGAAGGAUAAAGAUCUGCUGUUGAACACCGCAAUUGAAUUGAUCGACUUUCAGUACCUAGAGGACGCACUGCAGAACCGAACUCUCCGUUGGCUGACUGAGCUUGCGUCAGCAAGGCCGGCCGUCAUCAUGCAUCUCUGCGGGCCUAUCGUCCCCAUCCUUGACGAGGUUUUGCUGCAUUGUCAAAACUCCGCAACACUGGAGUCAGCUCAGGCACUUCUCCAUGCCCUGACUUCGAAUCCGAAAUUCAGCUCCGCGCUAGAAUCAACUGCUGUUCUUAAUGAGAUCCUUGAGGAUAUGGGUUUUAGUGGGCUGUGGCGAUCUUGUUCUUUCAAUUUCAGCCAGGAUCAAGAUCGCAAAUGCUUUGUUCUUACUGAGAAGCUAAUAGAGGUAAGAUACCUAAAGGUCUAUUAG